UGGUCAGGUCCCGCGGUGCAUGCUGGGACGGGCCAGAUUUGAACAAUGUCCGCCAUCUUCGUGUGGUGAAGUGCAAAGGCGCAGCUCAGCGAGGUGCUGUGCGUGCGGCUACAGUAGCCUCAUGGCUUCAACGUGUGUGCAGGUUAACUUGGAGCUGGGACAUAGGGCUACCUACCGUAAGAAGCCCACACCAGAAGGAUUCACCCACGACUGGAGUGUGUUUGUUCGAGGCCCAGAAGGUAACAAUGCAGCACACUUCAUCGACAAGGUGGUCUUUCACCUGCACGAGAGCUUCCCCAAGCCAAAGCGAGCUGUGAAAGAACCUCCAUAUGAAGUAUCAGAGUCAGGAUAUGCUGGAUUCCUUCUCCCUAUUGAAGUGUACUUCAAGAAUAAGGAAGAGCCAAGAAAGGUCCAGUUUCAGUAUGACUUGUUUCUAUACACGGACAUGCCUGUCAACAACAUCCGUCCAGAGAGACUCACCUUCAACAACCCCUCUGAAGAGUUUCGAAGGAGACUUAUCAAAGGAGGGGGGGUUGCAGUUUUCCCAGAAGAUAGCAGUAAGAUGGUAUCCCCGGCACUUACUGGUCCUCCUGCGCAGCCUCUUCACAGACAACACCCAGCUAAGGAUAAAGGGAAAAUACCCAAGUCUUCUAGUACUUCCAGUUCUAAAGAUGGGAAAACAGUUUCAAAAGAAGCAAAAGGCCCAAAGGAAGGGAAGACUGCAUCAAAAGAACCAAAGUUCUCUACAAAGGAAGCCAAAAACUGUUCCUAAAAGAGGAAAAACCUUCAGGGAAAGAUGUCAAGCCUGCUCCAAGAGCAUCUGUGCUCCAGGAGGCUCCCCUCUUUCCUGACACUCCCUCUAGUGAAAGAGGGAAAGGGGUUCUCAAUUAAAGAAGGAAGGAAAAGUAUCCAGCAAAAGGCCAAGUGAGUCUACAGCAGGUGAUACAAUUAAAAAGAAAACAAGAAAAGUAGCUCUGCUGGGGAGGCAGGCCAAAAAAGAGACAAAGCAAAACCUUCCAAGGCAAAAGCAGAAGGAGACUCUAAGCCAAAGGUGAAGGUUGAACCCAGCAGAAGCCAGCCCAUGGCCGUGGUGAAACCUCAGACUAUUGCCAAGAAAGAACUUCCAACAUUUGCCAGCCAGCUGAGUGAGGAUGAGGAGGAUGAGAGCAUGGAGGGUGAGGAUGGUGAGACAGGAAACCCCAGCCCCACAUCAAGCUUCUCAUCAGUUCCCACUGGUGGGGCCGGAGGUGCUCUCAACUCACUCAUGGCUGAGCUUGCCGACCAGGACAACGACGAUGAUGAUGAUGAUAAUGAGGACUACAGUAUUGGAACAUCUCCACCAUUCCAGAACCAGCCUGAGGCUGCCUCCCAACAGCCACUGCUACAGAGUGAUGGUGAGAGCGCAGGCAGCAAUGCCUCUGUGAAAGAUGUGAAAAUUAACACUUCUCCUUCCAAACAGAAGACAAAGAGUAAACCCAAAGGAGACCGAAGGCACAAGAUGUCUAACGGCCAGCCAAACAAUGAGUAUCUGAACGAGUUGUUAGAGCUUCAUCAGCGCAUUGUGACUCUGAAAGAUCGCCAACAUCUGCAGAGAAUAGUAAACCUCAUUGAGGAAACAGGACACUUCAAUGUGACCAAGACUACAUUUGACUUUGACCUUUGUAGACUAGACAAGGUUACAGUCAGAAAGCUCCAGAGCUGUCUAGAUGGUUUAUGAGCAGGUUGGUUCUGUCUGACUGUAAAGUAUGAAGACCAAACUUAAAAGGACAGUGGAAAUGGACACUCUGUUAGGGCAUUAUGCAGUAUGAGGUUAUUUAUGUUGUUUCCAUGUGGCUCCAAGUCACAGGGGUUUUAAGGCUCUGCUGAAGUAUUGCAGGUGCCAAGACUAUUUAUACUCUUAAACAUAGUGUGAUUGUAUGUUUUAGUGAUAUUAACAACUAGAGGUCCCUACAUUUGUACAAAUACUGUCAUAGCAACAUUAGUGAAUACGGUGCAUGUAAACAACUGGAAUAGCCUCUUUAUACAAGCCAGUGAGGUAGCCUUAGGAAAGGACCAUGGAGAAAAAUAUUCUGAGAUUCCGAGGGGAACCUGCUACUUCAAAUUACUCUCAACCAGAUGACAAUGAGGACUUGAUUGCAGCUCUCUUUUAGGUUCAACUAUUGCAGCUUGUUGUAAUGUACAGAGAUAACUUGUGCUCAUAUACACAUGUAAAGGGCAGCUGUAAGCCACACACAGGAGUAACUCCUAGACUUUCUACGUAAGACAGGUCAAACUAUAUGUAGGAAUGUUUCUCAUGUAUGUGAGUCCCUAGGAAACUUGUGAUAGUCCAUGUCCAAGUGAGGCAGCUGUGCAUGUACUGGGAAUGUCAGGCCCAGCCAUUAUUUUCUGCUUAUUCAGUGCUGCCAUCUGAAUGGCUUAUAGCCAUUAUCUCUUUUUAUGCAAGACAAAAUUUUUGUUCAGAUAGAAACACAUUGUGUGCUCAGAUCCCAUAUAACAGUAAACCGUAAAAUUGUUUGGUCAGCUCCCUGUCUUCUUGUAAACAUCAAGUACCCAUGGUGGCUAGAUGGUAUGAUAAGAGAUUAAGAGUCUGUUCCUGUAUAUUUGGGUCUGAGGUUACCAACAAUCAUGUGUGAAAAAGAAAACAAAACCUUUUCAAAUUGACGUCAUCAUGAUGACCAUGCCAACAUUGGAUAAGUUUGUGGAGAAGGGUGGCAAGACCAUGCACAAAGAAAUAUUGCUAAGAAUAGGGGGAUGCAUAUGUUUCAAGUCAACCUGAAGCAAAAUGUUUCGAAGAACUUUGGUUUUAUAUCAAGUUUUUAAUUGGUCAGUUGCUACAUCAGUUGAAACUAUGUAAUGGAGAAGCCAGCUGACCAUGACGUGGUGCUUGUUGAGACUAGUAUGCUUAAGCAUCUUUGCUUUGGAAUUAGGAUGUGAUGGUGUUGAGACAUUUCCCCCCGUAAACAAGGCUCAUGCAUUGUGUUGCUCUAUUGGGCAUGUUUUGUACUUUCAUUUAAUUCCAGCCUAGUGGUCAACGUCUCAAGGAAAGAUAACCACCAAGUACUCAUAGCAAUCAUGAGUCUCAUAACAUGUGGAAUUUUUUUUAGCUAGCUAGAUGACCCGUGUAGACCAGCUGUGUCACCUAUUCCUACCAACACUUCUCUACUCACCUUUGUAGUUAGUGCAACACUGCCAAUAGAAUUCCAGAGUUGUGUGGUCAGUCACUGUAGACAAAAAGUAGCAGUUCUGUUAACAAGGUUUUGUUUUCAAUACUUCGACUAGUUUUGUUAAGCAUAGCUGGGACUAUAGAAACUGGAGCUGAUCAGAGAAAUAUUGAUGUGCACAGAAGUUAAAAACUGGCUCUGAGCCCAGGUAACAGUAAUUACUGUUGUAUUCAUGAUGCUUCAUCAGUUUCAUUGUUUAAUGUUCUGCACACCUGUUACAGGUCCUGGGUGACAUGUAGGGUGUAUGUACUUGUAUGUGUAGAGAUACAUAUAUAACUGCAGCUGAGAAGUAUUUAGUGAAGGUGUGUGAAAACCAGAGCCACAGAGAAACCUUUCCAGCUAUCCUGACUGUCUAAUGUCUCACAAAUUCAACACAGCUUUUCUGAGAUGAGAAGUUUUUAGACAAGUGGAUCCAGUCUGCAUGAUUUCCAAUGUGCAUGAUGUAACUAAGUUGCACAAAGCAUUAGCUUGGCUGACAGUGUUAUAGAAGCCAUGCUGGCACAUUUUGUAGUACAAUAUAGUAGUAUCUGUGACAUACAGAUACACAGAAGGAGCUCAGGAGAAAUUAUGUAUUUGCUUAGUUUGUUAUUUUUUGCUUAGUUUGUUCAUUUUCCCCCAAACUUAUCUGUCUAACAUAAAAAGUGAUCAUGAAGAUAUCAGAAUGUUGCAAUACGUUUUCCCUCUGGUGUAACAUGUAACAAUAGGACAUCACAAACGGCAUUGUGAUGAAGAUGUGAAAAACAAAUCGCAGAGUACCGUGUGCAUGUAUGUCGAUUCCUUCAGUUGCAGCUUGUUUCAUGUAGUACACUACAUUUUUGCGUAAAACAUACUGUUCCCUAGCAUGUUGUUAGACAAAUAAAAACAUUUUGUUCAUAUUA